UUUUAAUUUAUUCUCAUUUUUAAUCUGUUCAAAUUUUAAUUUAUUCUCAAUUUUAAUUUAUUUUCAAAUUUAAUUCUGUAAUAUAUUUUAAUUUUUUUCUCGAUUUUAUUUUGUUUUAUUUUUGUUCACUGAUGUUUCAUUUAUUUUUUAAAUCACACUUAAGAAAAUGUUACCUCUUAUUCCUAAAAUUAAAACACAUUUAACACAUUUAACCAAUUUUUAACUUUUUAAUCAAUUUUAACUUUUGACGGAAUUUCUGAAUUUCCAACGAAUUCUCAAAUUUGGAGGAAAUUCACAAAAUUUCCCUCUAUCAGUAAAAUAAUUAAUAAUAUUUCCAAUAUCACCAAUCUCACACUGUAAAAAUAAUAAAAUAAUAUUAAUAAUGUGAUGACAGAGGGAUUGAAGUUAUUGGCGAGUCCUCAUGUGUAUGAAUCACAUGAGGUUUUGAACCAUUAUUCGGUGAAUUUGGACUAUGGUUUAAACGACGAGCAGGUGCUGUUACACCGUGAAGUCCUGGGAUCGCACUCAUUUCUUAAGCCUAAGAAAUUAUCACUCCUCCACCUCUUCAUACAACAGUUUGAUGAUUUACUCGUUAAAAUACUUUUAAGUGCCGCCAUUGUUAGUUUCUUCUUUACCUGUUUUGACCCUCAUGAAAAGAAACACAUUUCCUCAUUCAUAGAACCAAUUGUCAUCUUAUUCAUCUUAAUACUCAAUGCUUUGGUUGGAGUUUGGCAGGAAGCUAAUGCUGAGAAGGCGUUGGAUGCACUUAAAAAGUUACAACCCACACUGGCAAAUUGUUUAAGAAACGGUGUAUGGACUACUUUUGACACUGAGAAUUUAGUCGUAGGAGACAUUGUCAAGGUUAAAAAUGGCGAUAAAAUUCCGGCAGAUCUGAGAUUAGUGAAGAUACUCUCCACCACCCUCUUAGUAGAGCAAUCACAAUUAACCGGAGAAUCUCUCCUAAUCUACAAGACUACUGAUGCUCUGGAUAAAUCAGAAGCCCAUUGUGAUCUCCAGACUAAGAGGAAUAUUUUAUUUGGUAGUACAACGGUGUGUAGUGGGACUGGUAUAGGAGUAGUCGUAGCUGUAGGUAUGAAUACGGAAAUUGGUACAAUACAAUCUGCCGUAAUCGAGGCAAGUACUGAAAAUACCGCCACUCCGCUCCAAAAGAUGUUACAUGACUUUGGUAACUCCCUUUCUAAAGUUAUAAGUAUCAUAUGCCUCUUGGUCUGGCUGAUUAAUGUGAAGAACUUUAAUGAUCCAGCGCAUGGAUCUGUGGUUAGGGGUUGUAUUUAUUAUUUUAAAAUUGCGAUUGCCCUUGCAGUGGCUGCUAUUCCGGAAGGUCUGCCAGCUGUGAUCACCACAUGCCUGGCACUGGGUACUAGAAAAAUGGCUAAAAAAAACGCCAUAGUGAGGAAAUUACCGUCAAUUGAGACCCUGGGAUGUACUACAGUCAUCUGCAGCGAUAAAACUGGCACUCUCACAACUAAUAAAAUGACCACAGUCGUUGUAAAUCUAUUCAACCAACAAAAUAAAUUAAGAUACAUACACAUGCCACAUGGAGAUGGGAUAAGAGUAACGAUGGGUGGCUUUGGUGAUAGUGGCAUGUGUGUAGCACAGUCAUUUGACGGUCCAGUGGAAAACCUAACACACACUUUCCUCAAAUGCGCUUCUCUAUGCUCCGAUGUUACCAUAUCCACUACCAAUUUACACAGUCGUAAACACAAUACUGGUGUGGGAGGAGACUUGGUAUUAGAGGGAGAGCCUACGGAAGUGGCGAUAAUUGAGAUGGUGAAUAAUUUAGGCAAAUUCCUGACACAGUGUGAUUCAUCACAUUUGGAUCCCAUGGGACAAGCAAUCUUCUUAUCACCCAUCGAGGACAGUAGUAGCAUAAAAAAGAUGAAAAGAUGGAAAAAGAACUCACCAAAAAGUAACUUAGUUGAUCGGAGUCGCUCAGACUCUCCCAAUCCCAAUAACACACAUGACACUGACACACUGUCACCCACUACACACUCACACAACCCACCCCUACCCAAUCCGGAAGAUGACGCUGUGGUAUUUAAAAACCGUACUGAAACUUCUAGAUCUAAGAAGGCACAGCUAACUGGUAGAACUGGCAGUGGUUCAGUCCCAACUCCAAUCUCCGCAUUAUACCGGAAAUACUUGAUUAAAGAAGCCACUCUCGAAUUCUGCAGAACCAGGAAAAUGAUGUCCGUUAUUUGCUCCCACAAUAUGAACACAGGUGGUAACACUAGUAACACAGGUACUGGGGGCAGUAGCAGGGGUAGUGGUAGAAACAGUAGCACCAGGGGUAAGAUGUAUUUGUAUAGUAAAGGAGCCCCGGAGAGUAUAAUGGAAGUGUGUACAAGUUAUAUGUUACCCGAUGGCUCAGUAAACAAAUUAGCAAAAUCUGAAAAAAAUGAAAUCCUAGACCACGUCAAACAGUUGGCAAAUGAAGCUCUCAGAGUCUUAGCAUUCUCUUACCGACAAGCCUCACAAAAAGAUUUAGAUCUCUACAACUCCCUCACACAUUCCAAUAGUAAUAGUCAGAACACACAGUCCAAUAAUAAUAGUGUGAAAACAAGUAAUGUUUUCAGUAGGAUAGAGAAGGACAUGACAUUUUUGGGUUUGGUGGGUAUAAUGGACCCGCCGAGACCGGAGGUAAAGGACAGUAUUAGCAAGUGUAUGAGAGCUGGUAUCAGAGUUAUCAUGAUCACUGGUGAUAAUAAAUUAACGGCCGAAGCCAUCGCAAGGAAAGUUGGGAUCAUAAAACCCACACAUCGGAUGUCAAAUUCUGACCCCCGGAGUCCCACAUUCAGUCCCACACACAGUCCAAUAUUAUAUCCCAGAACUUCACUAUUUAGUAGUUUAACUGGGAAAGAGUUUGAAUCUUUAAGUUCCGACGCCCAGAGGCAACUGUUAACUAAAAGUUGUCUGGUGUUUAGCAGGACUGAGCCGAAGCAUAAGCAGAGUAUAGUAUCAAUAUUGAAGGAGCUGGGCGAGAUAGUGGCAAUGACAGGUGACGGAGUAAAUGAUGCACCGGCGUUGAAGAUGGCGGAUAUCGGAGUAAGUAUGGGUGUAAAUGGCACAGAAGUGGCCAAAGAAGCCUCGGAUAUGAUUUUGGCUGAUGAUAAUUUCAAGACGAUUGUAGCAGCAAUUGAGGAAGGCAGGUGCAUAUACAGUAACAUGAAAGCGUUCAUACGUUACCUGAUCAGCAGCAAUAUUGGAGAAGUUGUGAGUAUAUUUAUGACGGCGAUGCUUGGGAUACCGGAGGGCAUGUUACCAGUACAAUUACUCUGGGUUAAUUUAGUUACCGAUGGUCCACCAGCCACGGCGUUAGGGUUUAACCCGCCAGAUCCACUGGUCAUGAAACGGGAACCCAGACAUCGGAAUGAUAAACUUAUUGACAGAAUAACAUUGUUACGUUAUUUGGUGAUUGGAUUAUACGUAGGACUGGCGACUUGUGGUAUUUUUAUCCAGUACUACGUGCUGGGGGUCUCACCUAACGAGGGGAACACACUCAUAAGUUUAAAAAAGUUAAUGAAUUGGAGCAAUUGUAUGAACUGGGAAGAGUUUAACGCCAGUCUGCUCUAUGACAUGAGUAACAGCUGUGAAUACUUUACACUAGGGAAAGUUAAAGCCUCCACACUGUCACUCACAACUUUGGUAGUUUUAGAAAUGUUUAACGCGCUGAAUGCGCUGUCGGAGGAUUCCUCGCUACUAAAAAUGGCACCCUGGACUAAUCCAUACCUCAUCUGCGCCAUCUUCUUCAGCGUACUCAUUCACUGUAUAAUAUUGUAUGUUCCACUAUUUUCUUCAUUGUUUAAUGUGGUACCGCUGGACUUUUAUGACUGGAAGUGGGUUCUAAUCUGGUCAUUCCCCGUCGUCAUCAUCGACGAAUGUUUUAAAUUAUGUAAAAAGUCCUAUCAAAAGUAUUCGAAACCCUCGUUACGGGGUGAGGAUAAUACGUUUUCUAGUGGUGAAUCCAAUGCCAUUUCCCAAACUAUGGAUACUAAUUUGGAUAAAGAGCACACAAAGGAUAAAGUUACAGGUGAACAUAGCGUGGAAAAAAUUUGGGAGAGUGGGUCUAGUGAGUUAUCUUUUGGUGAGAGGUUGAGUAAUAGUUUGACGAGUUUAUUGGAUAAAGUAGUACAUAGUUUUAGCAGUUCUGGAAGCGCUGAUUUAUCACAUCAAGAUAAAGAACUUGUACCACCCUAUUAAUCUUUUACUAUAGUA